AUGGUGAUUACUUUGCUUUGUUGGUUGAUGAAUCUUUUGAUGUAUCGCGCAAGGAGCAAAUGGCCGUUGUUUUACGAUAUGUUGAGAAUGGAAUUUGUGAUGGAGCGACUUAUCAACAUUAUUCAUGUUCAAGAUACUUGUGCAUCAUCUCUAAAAGAAGCAAUUGUUAAUUUACUUGAUCAACAUUCCUUGAGUCUUUCUUAUGUACGUGGACAAUGUUAUGAUGGGGCAAGUAAUAUGCAAGGUAGAAUCAAUGGCCUUAAAAUAUUGAUUAAGCAAGAAAGUAGAUCAGCUCAUUCUGUUCAUUGCUUUGCUCAUCAACUUCAACUAAGUCUUGUUGCAGUUUCUAAAAAGUGUGUUGAAGUGGGGGAGCUUGUACUAUUAGUUUCAAGUAUUUUGAAUAUGUUGGGAGCUUCUUUUAAACGCAUGGAUGAAUAUCGAGAAUCUCAAAAGAAAAGAGUUCAAGAGGCAUUAGAUAUGGGUGAACUUGAAACUGGUAGAGGCUUGCAUCAAGAAUUUGGUCUUACUAGAGCUUGUGAUACUCGUUGGGGAUCCCACUACAAAUUUUUUAAUAACUUUAUUCUUAUGUUUGGUUCAAUUGUUGAUGGACUUAAUGAUAUUGUUGUUGAUUCACAUUGUCCAGAUGAAAGUGACAAGGCAAUGGGAUUUCUCAGAGCAUGUCAAACAUUUGAUGUUGCAUUCAUAUUGCAUUUGAUGAGAGAUAUUUUAGCAAUCACAGAUGAGUUAACAAAUGCUUACAGAAAAAAGAGCAAGAUAUCGUAA